AUCAUUUUCACUAGGUGGCUUGGUCCUGUCAAUUCAGUAUGCACAGUAAUUUGUCAGUCUGUAGGACCAAGUAGGCACCCUCCACUUGUCCUACCUGUCAGCCUUCACUUUCUCACCUGGAGUUGCUCUCCCCUGUUUUGUGCUAUUAGUCUGUAGUUUGAACUCUGAUGGUAAAAUGCUGUCGUAUAUUGGCUGUUCCUUGUUGUUGGCAUUGGUGUCCAUCCUCGACACCUCACUUGGGGAGGUGGUGUUUCGUUGCCCGAGUUGUGCUGCCGAGCGCCAGGCUAGUUGCCCUGAGCGCAGGACGCCCUGCACAGAACUAGUGCGGGAGCCCGGCUGUGGCUGCUGCCCGGUAUGUGCCCGACAAGAGGGCGAGACCUGUGGGGUGUACACCGCGCGCUGCUCCACCGGACUUCGGUGUUACCCAAAACCAGGCUCAGAGGUACCCCUGCAGGAGCUGGUGCAGGGGUACGGGCGUUGCGGGCGAAGAAAUGACGGGGAGAGUAAGGGGAGUAAAGAAAAUGGAGCUGAUAUUGCAGAGUUUCUUGAUCACUCAGAGGUGAGUCUGACUGAGGCCAUACCAGAGGCCCGCAAGACGAACGGUCAGCGGAAUGAAGCAAAGGAUUUGGCUGUGAUCCGACUCCGGCAGACCGAACAGGAACGUCAGAUGUCCAAGGGACCGAAACAGCCCCACACCCCAGAAGUCAGUAAGAAGACUAGACUCAAACCGAGUCUGUGCCAAAAGCAACUGGACCAGGUCCUAGAGAAGAUCUCCAUGAUGCGUAUCCACGAUGAGAAGGGACCUCUGGAGUUCCUGUACACAAUGCACAUGCCCAACUGUGACAAGCGGGGGCUCUACAACCUCAAACAGUGCAAGAUGUCUGUGAAUGGACAGCGAGGCGAGUGUUGGUGUGUGAACCCAAGCACAGGGAAGCCUAUUCCAAACUCCCCCGUGAUAAGGGGGGACCCCGAGUGCAAUCUAUACUACAAUGAAAACGAGGACAUCGUACCCCAAAACUAACAAGUACCCCCCCCCCCCCCCCCCUGGAGAAACAACAGAUUGGAGAUCACUAAAAUGCUGAAUGUUGCCCUGGUAACGUGAAAUGACGCUAGCCAUUAGAUAACAAGGCAUAAGGAUUUGCUGGUAGAGGAUGUUUGGAGAUUCAAGCUCCUGAAACAAAGGGAAAACAUCCACUGUUCCCAAUCCUUAAUCCUUAAUUUUUAAUAAAUGAGUCGUAAGAUAAAUUAGUUGAAACAGAUUCAAUACUAACGAAAUGCCACCCCGCCAAUGACAUUUAAAAAACAAUUUGGGCAAGAGCAGUAAAACACAUUAUUAACCAACCAGGCACAAGGUAUUUUGCUUUAUUACAGCAGCUUAGAUUCACUCGUGUACAAGUUCUCUGCGCAUGGAAACCACAUUUUCACAAAAUUUAAUUAGUAAGCUACAAAAACAGCACAAGUACUUUACACAUAGUUCAUUUUCAUAUCAACCCCCACCUUUCCCCUUCAUUUGCAUGAGCAAAUGUCUCGAGCUAAAAAAAAAACAUGCAUGGAAACUCCACCAAUGUUGUGAAUUAUUAAUUACUGUGUAUAAAGUGUGCUAUAAUUUACCAUGGUAUACUAGCUGUGUAUGCUAUUAUAAAUUAGUUAUAGCUGUAGUGUAAUUGCUUGUUAUGGAGUUGAUUUUAAACAGUGUCAUAUUUGCUACUAUGCUUAGCUCAAUCAAUAUCAAACAAUUAUGUGUGGUGUAGGUAUAUAUCCCCUGGAUUUUAACAGAAUGUAGAGCCGCCAUAGGGAGCCAAAGGACAGCCCUGAUUCAACAAGUCUGGAAGACAUCUAAACUGUUCUUGAGCGAUACAUGCCCAAUCCUUAAUCGUUACCUGCUGUAAUUCUAGCAAGUUAUUAAACAAAAGUGCAUUCUACAGAUGGCAGGUUUUACAAUUGUUUUGUCAAGCUUGUUGUAAAUUGAACACAUUUGUCACAUCCAGAAUGGUGCAAAAAAAUGAACACAUUUAUAAAUGUUUUAGCAACUUUUGAUUAAGGCACUCCUACAAUUAGUUUAACAACAGCUAUUUUUAACAGUUUUCUACAAAAAAAACCCAGAAAUUUUCUUAAAACGUUUUUGUAUCUUUAUCCUGUAUCAAUGUGGCCUGGUCUUUUAACAGUAUGAAGAAAAUGGUGUAAUAGUAUUCUGAGACAUAUAGUAAUGUCUGUAAUUAAAUUUGUAUAAUAUGAGAUUGUCCUAAAGUUUAUAUCAGUGGCUCUGGAAGUUCUUUUUUUUUUUUUGAAUCACUUUUUAUCUUUGAUGAUUAAGAAUUUAGACUACAGUAUUAAUCUUACUUCUUCAAGAUACUUAAAAGCAGGUUCUGUGGUCUUGGCCGAGGUUAACUCUUUCUGUCCUCUCUGUUCCCUUGGCAACAGUGCCUGUAGCGCAGCACAAUUCUUAUUUGUCACAUGACUGUCAGAUAAAAUGAAAGUAAAUAUGGCAUUUGUAAAAUAAAUAAAUACAAAUAAAAAAUAUCAAAAAUAUGAAUCAGAUGUGUUAAGGUUAAUCAUUGUGGUCAGUUUGUACCCUAUCAAACCGCCAUAAUUGAGUGUUUCCUGCUACUAAAGAAUUACAUUUCAUUCUACCAGUUCCAGAAGAGCAAACACUACCUUCUAUAAAUCUGUAAGAAUCAAAUACACAGAUGUCGCCUAAUGUCUUUAUCAUCAUGACUAAUGUCAUGAUCCCGUCAGCACCCUGAGAUUCAAUCUUAUCUUGUUGCAAUGUCAAUCUGGGACAUUACAUAAGGGUCAAAGAUGGACAGUUUUACAUAAUUCCUAUUACCAAUAUGUCCCUGAUAGUAUGGAAAUUAAAUGACAGCUUUGUACUGUUUUGAGUUUGAACACUAUAUUUCUAGUGUCCUUGUCAUUAAAUUCCAUCAAAACAAGUGGAAAAUGAUCCAUAUCGAUACUUUUUAGCUCAUAGUUUUGGAUAUACCAAUUGAUCAAGGAUCAACAUAUGUUUUUGCCAGUCACCUUGCUGCAAGUCUACCUCCUCUUCUAGCAUUAUCUUACAUAUAUUAGCUCCCUUUUGGUAUUAUCAAUAUUUAGGAUCUAUUAAACUAAAGAAGAACAUACGAUUAUGUCCAGAAAGCAAGAAUAUAUGAAAUUACAAAGACCAUGUAAGCAGGUCCUCAGGUUAUUAUUAUACUGCAAGAUGUCUGCAGUUCAGACCUAAGCGUUAAAAUAGGUACUGGUACUGUAUAGAUUGUCUGGAGCUUACAUAUUUCUGUCAAGCUUUGACUUGAGCAUUUUGAAGUCUUAUUUUGAUUACUAUCAGUGACUUUAUCAGAAAGCUAGAUUAUGGAGUAUUCUCAUAGCCACUCCAGUUCACUGCAAACAACAAUAAUUUAUUAACAUGGAACGGAGCAGGGAGUGCUGCAUAGGCCUUUGCACUCCCACAGGGUCAGGGGGAAAAGUCAGCUAUGUACCAGACAUUAAAAAGUGUACAGUCUCCAUGCAGCUGUAACUUCAGAACUUCAGAACUUAAGUAGAUUUUGAACUGAAACUUUGAAGUUGCCAGCCUGAGCAGUCAUAGUCGAAGGUUGACAAACUCAUGCAAUCUCCCCUUACAGGGAUGUUUAAAAAGUAAAUAACAUCAAUAAGAAAAAGAAAAUUACAUCUGAGGGUUUGGUUUUUACUGAUAUAUUCAAUUGCUGUUUCUUCAUGCAUGCAUUUUUCUUAAAUGUUAAAAACAGCCAUACUCAUUCUGACACAUCAUUCACACAGGGGGAAAAAAGAAAACAUUUACUGUGACCCUAUAUUUAAAUGAAUACUUAACUUUAUUUAAAUAAAUGUUUUGUCAUAACAAAAAGACAAAGGUUAAAAGAGUACAUAAAUUACAGGUUGAAUAAAUAUUACACAGUGAUUUUUUUUCUCCUUUUUUUUAAUAAAAGUUCAAAAUGCUAUACGUUUCACCCUCCUCUUGCCAAUCUUUUUUUUCACAAACUGGUUUACGUCACACGUUAAGAUAAUGAAUAAUUUAUUUUUCUCCAUGGAAAAAAAAAAAGUUAUGCACUAAAAAAAGCUAUAGUUAGCUACUGUAACAUCAGCAGUGAAUAUUGCUUUAGUCUUACCUGGUAGGAAACCUGGAAAAUUACCUCUGGGGAUUGUCUAAUUAAUAUUGAGCAACUGUGGGGGGUUUUGGGUUUUUUUUUCCAGAUUUAUAAUCAGUCUAAAAACUAUGGAAAAGCGAAUUUUGCAGCAAAAAGAUUUCAAUAAAAUGUCUCACGUUACUCAGUUUCCAAAGCCCCUUUGUCUGUGUUAAGUGCGUGUGAUGCAAAUAAACAUAUUUCACCCCUCGGCGAUCGGCUGUCAAGAGUACAGUUCUGAAAAACACCUGAUCUCCCCAAUGCCCAUUUACAUCUAACAGCUAAGGAACACCUCCACAUGCUGUGUUGUACUUGUACUUGUAGCUGUUGUCCCAAAUUGCAUUUCCCACAUCCCAGGCUUGGGCUGUACAGCCCCUGUCAAAGUUAAUUACACCAUAUUAAAUUGAUUUUUUUUUCAUCCAAUGCUGGGGUACGUGAUAACAUUGAUUGUGUUUGUGCAGAAAGAUUUUUUGAAAAUA